AUGUCGUUCGUGACGUUCACGCAGUAUCUCAUCGACGAGGGGCCGGCCUUUGCCGACUUGGAUCCGGCGGACUUCGCCAUUAGGGAGCGAGCGGUGGUCUCUAUCACCGAUUUGAUGACAAUGAUUAUGUUUCUGAGUCUGAGUCCGGCCGUGAAGGAGGCCGUGUCUACCAUUAAGCCCGACCGCAGAGAGAUUUUACGCAACUAUCAGUUGCAGAACUCAAACAUACAACGAAUAGCCGUCUAUUGGCUACAGAAGGCUGUCAUUAAACAGUACCGACCGGACCGUAGCGAAUACCUGCACUGUUUAAAUAAAGUACUAUUUAUGGAAAGCGCUGAACACUAUUACAGCCGCGACGGGUGGCCGCCGGAGAACGACCGGAAUCUCAUGUUCCGAAUGACAUCCGAAGUGCCACUACUGGAGGAGACACUCGUGCGGGUGCUGUCGAUGGGCUCAUCCAAAGACAAUCCGUUGACGUCGGCCGAAGCGGUGGAACUGUCGGACGCGUUGAUCAAACGCGCGGCCACUAUCAUGGAGUACGACUCGAUCGCACACCCGGUGCUCAUGAUUCGCGACAAAGAUAUCUUUCGGCUACUGAUGAUGAACGCCAUAUACCGCCAUCCGGACAACAUAUCGCUUCCCGCCGGUUACGAUCCGCCCAAUAUGGCCAUCGGAGACCUCUACUGGAAAGUGUGGAUCCAGUUGUUGAUACUGACGGCGCAUAACCCGUCGCAGUUCGGUCUACUGGCGUGGGAUAACUACCCGACACUCGGCGUACUCAUCGAGAUGUCAAUCACUAAUCACUUCGAGUUCCCGCCGCCGACCAAAAUGGGCGACGAUUUGGUGAACCGUGAGCUCCAGAUCAGCGCAUACGAGAAGCAACAGAUCCUGCAGUUUGAGUCAUAUCUGGCCGCGGCUUCGACCAAAGUGCAGAUCAAUGAGACCAAUAGUCUGCUGCUGUCCAAACUGAUCUCAAUGGAUCCGCUCGGGCCGGCCCGCAAACCGCCGGCCGCCGUACUCGAGCAGUUCAAACAGCUAAACACA